GUCACGUGAGUCUAGUCUUGUGACUCGCGCACUCACUCGGUUACUCUCACUCAGACCGAGCUCUGGGGCAUUACGGAGUGAGUGGGUAUUUUAAUCGUGGUAUUAUCUGUCAGGAGGACCCCUUCACUCUCAGUCUGCUCUCUGGGGUUUAGGAUGGAUAAAAAACCCCUUCUGCAGGACCGACCUCCGGCGUACACCCCAGCGGCUAUGCCUGCCGCGUAUGAAUAUGGGCAACAGACCUAUGGGACUAUCCCAGGCGCUCCACAGACAGCUGCCCAGCCCGCCUUUAACCCACCACCAUACCCAUAUCCUACAUCCACAGGAUACGUUGCUCCCCCCCAGCCUAUGUACCCCAGCACUUAUACCAUCAUACAGCAACCUGCGGCAACUACAUCUGUUGUGGUAGUGGGAGGCUGCCCUGCUUGCAGGGUUGGCGUAUUGGAGGACUCAUUUACGUGCCUGGGCAUAUUCUGUGCCAUAUUCUUGUUCCCUCUCGGAAUCCUGUUCUGUCUUGCAUUAAGACAACGGCGAUGCCCUAACUGUGGGGCCACUUUUGGUUAAGAGGAUCAAUGAAAACUCUGCUUUAUAUAUAUAUAUAUAUCAUACACGUCUCAGAUUUCUUAUAUACUUUACAUUAAGUGCACAAUCCUUCUAUUUGAUUAAAUAGCAUAUUUGUAUUGGGUCGUGAAAUAAAUUAUUUGCAUGGGGGUUAAUCUCUGUGCCAUAGUGACCUACGGAAGUUGAUACCUUCCAAAUAACGGUGCCUUUUCAGAAAAAAAAAAAAUUCCAUCUGUACUAUUUCUGUUGUGCAAUAUUAUUCUUCCAUUAAUGGCGUUAACCUGUUGUUUCCUGUAUUUGUGUCAUGAAUGUCACUGUUUAAGGCUGUCUAAAAAAUGUGUUUUUUUUAUAGUUUGAAACAAGCACUGUGAACAUAUAAAAGACAGACUGUUUAUAUAAACAAAUAUGCCCUCUCAUGCAGAACGUUACAUUCAUUUCAUAUACAAUUUCUAAAAACACUUGCACUUAGUUUCUUGUUCAGAAAAUUAGAUUUUUUUUAAUCGAUUCUGUCGUAUACCACUAACAUCAAAUGACCUUUUUUUUUCCUGCUCAGUAUAUUUUAUACAAUGUGCAGAUAAUAUAUACUUAGUCACAUUCACCAUACUUUGUGCAAGUCUUGUGUUGUGAUUUCACAUUACAGUAAAGUCAAAAUGAAUCUUACAUAGAUUGGAUAGAGCAUAAAUUUAUAAAAAACAUCCCAACUUAAUUCUGUUAUCUAAUUUGCUUACUUCUCUUGUUAUCCUUUGUUAAAGAGUAAUUGUAGGUGAGAUCAGGAGUGUGCCACACAUCUUUAGCCAUCUGGCAGCAGUGUUUGCAACAAUAUUUAUUGCAAUGUUUUAAAUUUUCGAUGUAUUUGCAAUAGACAUGUGCACGCUCCUGAGCUAUUAUCAGCCUACCUAGGUUUACUCUUCAGCAAAGAAUACCAAGAGAACAAAGCUAAUUUGAUAAUCGAAGUAAAUUGGAAAGUUGUAUAAAAUUGCAUGCUGUAUCUUGAGUUUGAAGUAAAAGCUGGUUCAUUUUAAAGUGACGCGAAUAGUAAGUGCCUAAUUGUAUUGCUUGUCGCUAUCUGACCACUCCCACGUAAAAAGUUAGUUUAUUCAGCACAGGAACAUCAGUUUUCAACAGAAAAAAGGCUCCUUAAUAAAUUUUGUAUUUUUUUUAGCGUAUUGUGCACCUCUGAAAAACAAUUUUAUUUUAAAUAAGUUUUCGUAACCUAAAAGAUGCCUAUUGCCUUAUAGAUACAUAGAAAUGAUAGAUUAAAUGGAUAUAGAAUUCCCUAUAAAAUUGGAGUACAUUUUUUUAAAAAAAAAUACUUCCUGUGAAAAUAUCUUUAGUGCCAGAGCUGAUAUGACAGUAAAUACCUGGAACGCACAUUUGGAGGCCAAUGGGAGCACAGAGGAGGACUUUUAAUGUGGAUAAAUAUGGUUUAACAUACUCGGGUAAAUAGUUGAUAAGAGUUCAUUGGAUUCAAAGUUUCCCUGAUGCUGGUGCCUCUUGUUUACAUAAACUUUCUUUAGCAAAAACUACAGUAUUAGAAUUUGUAGUAUAGAUUGUCGCUACAACAGGCAAAAUCAGCUAUUCCAAAAGGCAAAAAUAAAGGUAAAAGCAGGUCAAGUGUUACCAAUAAUCCAUGUUAAAGGGAAAUCAUACAGCAUAAUGUUUGCUUUUAAAAGCUUGUUAAAUGAGAAUACCAACUUUUAUGUCCCUUUAACGAACCAUUUCUAGUCCUUGCAGGAAAUUUCAAUGAUGCAAAAGAUGAAAUCAUAACAUUUUUGCAGCCCCUAGUCUGAAUACUUUUGUUUUAAACAGUCACAUACAGCCAGUGAGAGGCUGUAUUGCCUAAGCUGUUAGGCUUUUUUUUUUUGUGUGUGUAUGGGGGAGGGGGUUCUAUGCUCAUGCCAGAAAGUACUUCAUACAGACCAGUGCUGUUCUACUGAACAUGCCAUAAACACACAUUGGAAUAAGGCUGCGGUUUCAGUCACUACCUCCUUCGCCGUACAGUACUGUUCCUCUAAUAAAAUAGUUUUGCUUGGUGGAGAAAUGGGCUCCAAGUCACCAAUAUGUAAGAGCUAAAAUGUUCAUUGAAUACUGAAGACCAUUAUUUAACAUGCAUCAUAAGGAGAAACUGACCAUACUACAUGCUACACUGUGCUUGCUUGAUCACGUGCAAGAGUUUGUUUAUCCCUGGCUUCAGUAAACAGUUGAACAUAUUCAAGGGUUGUAUCUCUGGACGGCCUGGGAUAUGCAAAACAACACUUCUAAGUGCUAGAUUUAUCAAGCAAGGGGCGUACAUAUUUGCACCUGUCUGCCCCAGCUCGCCUCUGGCGGGCAGCAAUCCGCUGGCGGAAUUCAACAUUGCACACAAAGGCUAUUUUGCGCUUGAGUGCAAUCCCACCCCCCUACUGGCACAGAGCCAAUCAUGCGCGGGCAGAAGCUGUCAAUCUCCCCGGUCUUGUCUGAGGUAGGGAAGCAGCGGUCUGAUAACCGCUGUUUGAUAAAUACUGACUGCAGGUUCUCUUGUGAGAAGCUGCAGUUAUAGGCGAGGAAAAGGGCUUGAUAAAUCGAGCCCUAUGUGCUGAUAAAAGAAAACGUAUUGUAUAUCGCCUUUGUUACACGCUACAUACAUCACGGUGACAUUAAAUAAAUGUAAUGUUUACCUGUGCAAUGAAUUUAUUGCUAAUUUCCCGUUAUUGUUUAUCUGUCACUUCUGCGCACCCUACUGUGUCUUUGCAUAAAAAAAGCCUAAUUUCUCAUUAGCAAGAAUGUUUAUAUUACAGACUAUAAAAAAAUAUAUAUAAAUAGAAUAUUCUAGUUCCAGCAAAGCAAAAAGAGUUUUUCUAACUACAGAAAUACCGGUAUUGUUUAUAUUACAUUUAACUUGCAACCUUUUUCUUUUUAAAAAAAAACAAACAUUACUUUUCUCUGUUUUGUAUAUGGAGUCUUUGUGUUUAAAGGUAAACUUUACUGUGUACAUUUACAAUUGUCCUGAUAUCUGUAGCUGCUGACUUCUAAAGUGAUUAAAAUUAAUUUUACCUGA